AUAGGUUACAGCCGUUACAGCCUUACAGAUUUCAAGAGAGACACUUAUACAGGCCUUCCUUCUGAACACUGAACACGCAGCAGACCUACAGUUCUCUGCAUUAAAAAAACAAUGUUGAGAAUUCUGAUGAAUUUGUCGGUGAUUGAACUAGAAAUUUCUUUUGCUCAUUGAAAUACAUAACGAAAAAUGGGAAAUUACGUGAGAAAAAUUGCAUCGAUGUCAAAUAAUGCAGUGCACUCCGUAUACCGUGGUCGUAAACGAAAGUGCAUCGAGGAAGAUGAUUUUGAUUCUGAAUCGGAUUACAUCGAUCGGACGCUUCAAACACCGAAAAAAAGGAAAUUGCUGACAACAGCACAAUACAUUUAUAAAACCUUGUUCCAAGAAGAAAAAGGAAGUGAUAUAACUGUGCUCAUGUUGGGCAAAGCAUGGAGGUUGCAUAAAGUUUAUAUUAGUCAGAGUCCGUAUUUUGCAAGUAUGUUUUCAGGAUCUUGGAGAGAAGCAAAUGAGACAGUUAUAAGUGUAGAAAUUGCUGAUCCUAACAUUACAUUGGAUUCUCUUUUGACAGUCUUUGGUUCCUUUUACCAAGAUGAAGUCAGUUUAGAACCAAAAGAGGUCAUACCAAUUUUGGCUACCUCUACAUUAUUUCAAUUACAAGGAUUAAUUGACCAAUGUACAGAUAUUAUGGUAGAGACAACAAAUAUAAAAACAGUUGUUCCUUAUUAUAAUGCUGCUGUAUCUUAUGGUGUGCCAGUAGUAAAAACUGCAGCAAAACGGUGGUUAGAAGUAAAUCUCUUAGGAUAUGGAUGGUUACAUCCUACCUUUUUAAAAGAAAUUACACCUGAUUUGAUGGUUGAAUUGAUUGCUAGUCCUGAUUUAAUUGCUAUGCAAACAGAAUUUUGCAUAUACAUGAUGUUACGUGUAUGGUUAUUUGUUCAUGUACAUAAUAAAGAGGAAACACUUCAAAUUGAUGAAUAUUUUAGAAAUCAUAAAUGGACAAAACCAUUCCUUACAACAGAAGAAGGCAAAGAAUUUGCAGCACCUUUUAAAGCCCUGAGAAUGAAAUAUCUUUUACUGCACGAUCAAGAUGUAAAGAUUUUAUAUAAUGACAAUUUAAUACCACAUGAAUGGUUACAUAAUGCAUAUAAAGAACAAUGGUUACAUUUACUAAGAAUAGAUGCGAAUAAAGAUCGAGGACCAAAACAAAUGAGUGAAGAAGAGUUUGCUCGUGAAUGUUUCCGUUGCGGAAGGUGCAUUGAAAAAGCUGGCGAGCAUAUUUGGAGAUGGACAGCGUUUCAUUUUGGAUUAGAUUUGGUGGUGUGCUUGGAUAGUACUACUUUGAGGAUUAAGAGAAAUCAUAGAUUAGAUACAGAUCAUAUAAAAGCUAAUCAUAGCAAGCACAAAAUAAUUUUAAAAGUAAGUCUAAUUUCAUUGGACGAACAACGUCAAGUAAAACACAUUCAGACUUCGGGUAUGCUUAGGUUGUCACUCCAUAAGAACGAAGAAAAACAAGUGAUGUCUCUGGAUAAACAACUUACUUAUCCUUUAUAUAUAUCAGUCAACAUGCAAGUAGUUACUCCAUUUGUAUCAACGGAAGAAGAAAAAUCAGCUGAUAUAAUUAUCUUCUCGGAUACUUAGCAUACUGAACAUUCAACGUUUUCGAAACAUUCGAACUGAAUCCGACGUACGCUUACCUCAGAUAACAAACCGGCUGUUCCAAUUUAUAAUACUUGAGUAUGAUUAAGUGCUAUAAAUUUUGUUACUCCCCACGUGACUUUUAUAUUGUGGAUAUGCUAAUUUCUGAUUAAAAUUUUUAUAAAUUCAAGUACUUCUAGUCGACUAAAUGGAAUUACGACGUUAGUAUAUGUAUACGAAGAAAGUUUCAUUCUUCUGUUUUGUACUUUCCAGAUAUAUUAUAAUUCAGAUACUUAUCUUUUCUUAUGUGAAAUUGCACUUAUUACUUAUAAAAAAAUAUUAAGACUAUUAAAAAAUGUAGCUAAUUUUCAGGCGAUGUCAAUCAUAAGAAUUUUAUUUUUAUUAAUUUCAAGUAAUUAAAUGUUAAAUUUUCUGAAAAGAAAAUUGUCAUGCGAAAUACCACAGUAUUAGAUAUUUGCUUUCACACUGGCACUUAUGCAUUUAUAUAUUUAUAUGCCAUGAUGACACUAGUAACAAAAUAGGCUAAUUUUCCGAUUGAUAAUUUUAUACAUUCAUAGUAAAAAUAAAGAUGUAAUUGUGUAAGUUAAUUCAUAAACACGCUGAUAGAGUAUCUCUGUGUCUUCCGGACAGUUAUCGAAACAUCGACCUUCGUGCCUUAUGAAUGCCAAUUUAAAAGUAAAAGUGGAUAUUAUUAUAAACAAAUGGAAAUAUUGUUUUUAUUGCUAACUAACAGAAGUUUUUAUACAACAUUUUUUACUAUUUGAAAGCUAUUACUACAGUGUUAAGAACAUGCUGAUCUAAACGAUAGGUAAAUAAUGUUCCUUCAGUUUUGCAAAUAAUCUAUAUGUGUAUGGUGCUAUUAUCUAAUAUGUGCGAAAUUUUACUUUUUACUUAUUAUUAUUAUUAUCCCUUAUAAUAUAUUACAGAGAUUAUUACAUAAAAACUACUUAGUUUAGCAUUCAAGAUUUUUCUACAUUUAAUAUGCAUUAUUUGCUUUAGGUUAACUUCUCGAUACAGAAAAAUAUGUGUUCUAUAUAGCAUCAUCAAAUAUUAUAAUUUAUUACUUACCUUUUUUAGCGAAUCACACAUAUAAUUUUGUGACUGGUUAAUUACUUUGUUAUAGCAACGAUAAAUUUUGAAAGUAUAUGAAUGUACAACAAUUUAUACAAAAUCGUAUUGCGCGAUGAGGCAGUUUCUUUGUCUUAUUAAUUAAUUAUAAACGAAGGUCAUAUAAAUCAAUGAUACAUUACGAAAGAAAAUAUCAUUUAUUUCUGUAUAUUAACAUUGGAAUCGUCAAAUAAUAAAUUAACUUGCAAGGUUUCCGAUAUAUGAAGUAUAAUUUUGAUUCCGUCUCUUUGGUUUUUUUUGUAACCAUUCAACUUUAUUGGCAGAAUAUUCUCUGUACAUAGUGAUGGAUGUGUAUAAUGCAACAUUAAUAGAAUAUGAUUAUGAAUAUUGCAAUAAAACCGAAAUAGUACAAUUAACAUUGUCUUGACCUAGUACGUUUUAUUAAUUAAAUGUAUUCAUAAUAUUAACAUAAAAUAUUCAAAUCGGUGAUACCAUUUAAACGAUGUAUUUUUCUGUUCUUUUGUUUGCUUUUUUCGAUAUGCUUGUAUAAGAGAGGCAGUGUCGCCAGUAGUUUUAUUUCAUUGUGAAGUAUGAUGAAUGAUUAUCGGCGAAUGAUAUGUAUGAAAAUUAAUUAAAACGUAUUAUGCAAGUA